AGGAGGGAGACAAAAAAAAGUCCGACCAUUUUCUCUACUUUUCCUUGUAAUUCUCCGCAACACCCAAUCUCUCUCUCUCUCUCUCUCUUCCAUGGCCUGCAAAAAUUAUUCCUUCUUCUCCUCCUCCUCCUCCUUAUUCUUCUUCGUAAUCCUAUCCCAAUCCGUCUUGUCUCAGAAAAUCUCCGACAAUGAUAUGCACCAACCCGACUGCAGCAACCGUCGGAUCCACAUCCGCCGUCUCCCGCCUCGUUUCAACCUCGAUCUCCUCGCGAACUGUUCAGAGUACCCGAUCUCCGGCGACUUCUGCCCUUUCCUCGCCAACCACGGCCUCGGCCGGAAGACCCACAACCGCUCCCACAGCUGGUACCGAACUGACCCCAUGAUGCUGGAACUCCUCUUCCAUCGCCGUAUGCUCGAAUACCCAUGCCUCACCUCCGAUCCCUCCUCCGCCGAUGCCAUCUACCUCCCUUACUACGCCGGCAUCGACGCCCUUCGGUAUCUCUACGGCCCCGCCGUCAACUCCAGCGCCGAUCACGGCCUCGACCUCUUCGACUUCUUGCAGACGGAUGGCCCCGGCGCGUGGGACCGACGCGGUGGUCAUGACCACUUUCUGGUAAUGGCUCGCCAAGCAUGGGACUUCUCCCAGUCUCCGGCGGCCGAUCCGCCGGUGUGGGGGACGUCGUUCCUGGAGAUCCCCGAGUUCUUCAACGUCACGGCACUCACGCUCGAGUCCCGCGCGUGGCCGUGGCAGGAGCAGGCCGUUCCUUAUCCGACGUCCUUUCAUCCGCCCAACCUCGCGCUCUUCGACGCGUGGAGAAACCGCGUCCGCCGUACGCGCCGCUCCACGCUCAUGCUGUUCGUCGGCGGAGGCGGAACCGUCUCGUCCUCCUCCGCCGGUACGCCAAACAUCCGCCGCAGCAUUCGCGCCGAGUGCGACAACCUAACCGCCUCUGCAACCGCUGCCUCGGGAUCUGGCGGCGGUUACGGUUACGGACCGUACGGAACGAGUUACUCGGAGCUAUGCAGAGUUGUGGACUGCUCGAACGGAGUUUGCGAGCACGAUCCGAUCCGGUUCAUGAGGGCGAUGCUGGAGUCGAGCUUCUGCCUGCAGCCGCCGGGUGACACCCCGACGCGGCGGUCGACGUUCGACGGGAUUCUCGCCGGCUGCAUUCCGGUGUUCUUCGAGGAUCAAUCGGCGAGGUCGCAGUACGGAUGGCACCUGCCGGAGGCGGAGUUCGACAAGUUCUCGGUCACGAUUCCCAAGGAGGAGGUGGUGUUCAAGGGACUGAGGAUCGUGGAGGUGUUGCAGGGGAUUCCGAGGGCUAGAGUGAAAAAGAUGAGAGAGAAAGUGGUGGAGAUGAUGGGGAGAGUGAUGUACAGAAGGCAUGGAAGUUCCAUGGGUUUGGGAGAGAAGAAGGACGCUUUUGAUAUCGCCAUUGAAGGUGUUUUGAAAAGAAUUACUGACAGACUCCGACAACCUUCUCUUCUUCGCUGACCUUUCGUCUUCUUUUGAUUCAUAAUAAAUAUUUUGCAUUAUUGUUGUAAAUUAUUAUUUAUUAAUUUUUACUUGUUUAUUUGUUAGUUAUUUAAUUCACUGCAAGCAAAGAUGCAGUGUGAGAAUUACAUGUAAUUCACAAUAAUUCCAUUUUUG